AUGGCUCAAAUUCCUAAUUUGGACAAUGCCCCCGUCAAUCUCUCGUCCAUAAGAGAACAAUCUCAGAAGGAGCUCAUCACUAUCCUGAAAAAUAUUAGAGGCAAGAAAUGUUUGGUCGUCGAUCCAAAGCUAGGAGGAUCUCUGUCUUUGAUUGUUCAGACCUCACUCCUCAAGGCUCUGCAGAUAUUGGAAGAAGAGAAGGUUCAUCACUUGAUGACUAUUGGGGAGUACCCCUUAUAUGUAGUUCCUUUGGAUGAGGAUGUGUUAUCUUUUGAACUUGACCUUGCCUCUAAAGAAUAUGCAGUUGAUGGUGAUACAAGUGCUCUCUGGCAUAUUGCAAAAGCAAUUCACAAGCUUGAGUUCUCUUUUGGACUAAUUCCAAAUGUAAGGGCCAAAGGAAAAGCAUCUGUAUGUGUUGCUGAAAUACUAAACCGUAUGCAAGCAGAAGAGCCAGUUAAUAUAUCUGAUGUGGCCAUCCCUGAGAUAAACACCCUCAUCCUCUUGGACAGGGAGGUGGACAUGGUUACUCCCAUGUGUUCACAACUGACAUAUGAAGGGCUGCUUGAUGAGCAGCAGUGUGACAGGAUACUUUCUGCUUAUGGUUCUCAUCAAAGGCUAGCAAUUCAUGGCAUGGGCCAUGCUACGACUUGGAUUCUGCUUUUGAUACCAGCUAUUCAUUUUCUUCAUGUCAAUAAUGGUGCUGCAGAGCUGGAUGCAUCUAUCAUGGGAGUCCAGCAACAAGAGGGCAAAAAGAUGAAGGUUCCACUUAAUUCGAGUGAUAAACUGUUCAAAGAAAUACGGGAUCUCAACUUUGAAGUUGUAGUCCAGGUUCUACGUCAAAAAGCUACAUCCAUGAAGCAGGACUACACAGAGAUAUCAUCUAUGACUCAAACGGUUUCUGAACUGAAGGACUUUGUCAAAAAGCUGAACUCAUUGCCAGAAAUGACUAGGCACAUAAAUCUUGCUCAAUAUUUGUCAACUUUUACUUCAAAGCCAUCAUUUCUGGGGCGGCUUGAUAUGGAGCACACUUUGGUGGAGGCUCAGAGCUAUGACAUAUGCUUUGAGUACAUUGAAGAAAUGAUCCACAAACAGGAGCCUCUUGUCAAUGUUCUACGGCUUCUCAUCUUAUUUUCUGUAACAAAUGCAGGGUUACCCAAAAAGAAUUUUGACUAUUUGAGGCAAGUCUUAUUGAGUUUAGAUGAAUUUCUCACUUUAUCUUGGCGAGAGAUACUUCACAGCUAUGGGUUUGAGCAUAUGGCUACUCUCAACAACUUAGAAAAAGCUGGAUUGCUUAGGAAGCAGGAAUCAAAAAGCAACUGGCUGACAAUCAAACGUGCUCUGCAACUUGUAGUUGAUGAUACUGACACAGCAAACCCAAAUGAUAUUUCCUAUGUCUUCUCCGGAUAUGCACCUCUCAGCAUUCGCCUUGUUCAGCACGCUGUUCGAUCUGGAUGGCGCCCUGUUGAAGAAAUACUGAAGUUGUUGCCUGGACCUCAUUCAGAAACUAAACGAGUUAAUUUUCUUUCCUCUUUGGGUGAUGGAAGGCGCUCUCAAGUACUAGUUGUCUUCAUUGGAGGGGUAACAUUUGCAGAGAUUUCUGCUCUUCGUUAUCUCAGUGCUCAGAGUGGGGUGGCCGCAGGUAAUAGGUUGACCUUGGAACUGGCUUUAGAGGUGGAUUUAAUCCUAAGAAUCAAGAAACAGGUAAAGGUUCUAGGCUUUGGAACCCCUGAACUUGUCAAGUUCACAGAUUUCUGGGUAAAACAGGGCUGUAAGUUCCUAGUUCCCGUUUUCAGAAUUAGUCGGUAUAUGGAAGGAAUGGCCUACGAUUUGGUUGUUGGCACAACAAAAAUUGUUAGCGGCAGCACAUUGACUGAAACGUUCAUCGAAAAGCUAGGAUGA